AGAGAGAUCUGAUAGAUAUGAUAACCCGUUUGCAUUAAGAUUAAUUUUAUUCGUAUGUUGUCAUCAAAUAUAAAAUUAAGAAGCGUUCGAAGAAAAUUUGUUGACUGUACUCUAAAAGAGCCUAAUGUAUUAGAAUGGGUACAGUACAUGCUUCAAGGAAAAAACAAGAAGAACCAAGCGUAGUAACCCAUGAAGACUGUAUACCGUGCGUGGAUCCGCAAGACAGAGUACCAGGAAAUCCAGGAAGUUUCGAAGAUAUACACAAGAAAGUUAAAGAUCUUUACCCGCAGAACUUUGACGGUGCGCGGCUCGUCAUCAAUAAAAUACUUAGUGACCAUUUUAACGUGACCCAUACGAUAACUCUUAGUUCCGUUACACCGUCUGGAUAUAAAUUUGGUGCAAAGUAUGUCGGUACAAAAGUGGUCAGUUUAAAAGAAAGAUAUCCCGUAAUCGUGGGAGAUAUCACACCAACUGGAAAUUUGUCCGCGUCUUUUGUGCAUACCCUUGCAUGUAGAUUUAGAUUUAAAUUAUCAGCGCAAAUUGCCAAUGAAAAAUGGAAAGCGUUCAGUUCCAGCUUAGAAUAUCGGUCGAACGAUUUUACUGUAGCGGUGACCUUAGCCAACCCAAAAUUUAAAAAGAAGCAAGCAACAAUGGUAAUACACUUUUUACAAUCGAUCACAUCGAGAAUCGCGUUAGGAGCUGAAAUUGCAUGUCUUCGUGGCUCGAAAGUUCCAGGAGGUCAACAGACAGUCAUGUGUUUGGCUUUUAGACACAGUACAGGUCUUGCGACAUUAUCCGGAACGAUAGGUGAAGCGGGCCUUCAUCUUUGUUAUCACCGCAAAUCUAGCUCACAACUGGAACUCGGGGUCGAGUUAGAAACAAACACGAGGACUCAUCAGUCAAUCGCUACUAUAGUUUACCAAGUAAACGUGCCAUACGCGGAUCUUGUCUUUCGAGGUAUCGUGAAUUCCGAGACUACAGUCGGUGGCGUGUUUGAGAAGAAACUAUACCCAAUUCCAGAAUCUUCGCUGGUUAUUAGUAUACUUUUAAACCACAAGAAGCAGCAAUUUCGAGUGGGUGUUGGUCUCAAUAUUGGACAAUGAUAAUCAACGUAUAAUGUGGCUUGUCACGCAUAAUUUGUCAUUUUCUUAGAUCAUUUAUAAGAAUGGUAGGAAAUAAUUCGAUGGUAUAGAAAUUAACAUAGGAGAGAAUUUUUAUUAUUUCUUUCAAAAUCUUACAGAGUGAAAAACAUUUUGUGAACGUUACAAUUUCUGUGACUUAAUACUUCGUGAUAACGCGUUAACAACACUAUAUAUAUUAAAUAAUUGUUAUGUUUAUAUAUGUAUUAUAAAAUAUCCGAAAACUUUGAAGCAUAAGACCUAUAUAUUGAUAUACACUGAGUAUUAAAAAAAGCCUACAAUGUUUUUAUCUAAUUUAGUGAAACUAAAUGCAAUGUGCCUGAUACAUCAAAACUGUUAUUUUUAUCAUUAAACAUUUUACUUAACAA